GUUGAUAUCUAUUUACAGAUCAUGACAUCUGGCAAGAUAUCAGAUAGGUAUAGAACAGAAUUUUCUGAGGAGUUCCUUUCUUUGUCUCCCAAAACCCUCUAGGUUAUCUUGCCUCUAUUUUGAUCUCAUCCUUAUCAUCUCUUCCGACUUUAUCUUUCUCAAAACAUUGCAAUUGCUGUGACCUCUCACAUUCAAGUCUGCUACGAUGUUUUUGUCAAACCUAAUCCUUCCGUUCGCACUCAUGUCCGGUUGGAUAGUUGCAAUUGCCACCAAAACCAGCAUCGUCGCCGAGGACAACAUGCCAUUGCCCAAGCCUUCCGUCGACACUGCUACAAAAUCUGACGUUGCUAUGUCAUACAUUGUAGAUUCUUCCACUUCCGACACGAUGACAUCGAAUUCGGUCUCAACCAUAACUUCGACGGUGCAGACAAAGCCCACCUCAGUAACACUCACGAAGUCUUCCGUUUCACCUCCAGGCGACAGUACACUUUUGCCUGAAUCGUCUGAUCUUUGGAUACCAGAUGCAGUAUCUUCGACGAAGUAAGUUCUCACUAAACUGCCGCAUCAAUGCCAUGCGUUCAACCAGAACACAUACUGAUGCCUAUGGAAGGUCAUGCACCGACGACGACAAACCCAAAGACAAAACCAAACGACCACAUACUCACCACACGCAUACACCUCACGCGUCAGGUUUCCACACCAAAUACAAAACUCACAGCAAUUCCAAACACCCAGCUCACCCUACCACCUGUAUACCACCCCACCAUCUCCCAAUAGCAUCAUCCAACGACCAUCGCAGCGACAUAGCCACCAACUCUCCUGCCUGUGCCAUCCCAGGUCUCAAUAGACUCCUCCGCCGUUGUAAUAUUCCCAUAGAUCUUCCAAGCCUAGUCCCAGAACCAUAUCCAUCGACUGGGCUAUGUGUCGCUCCAUAUCCAAUUGUGGGUACGGGAUAUCCAGUACCGACUCCGACAUCAACUUCGACAAGGAUAUCAACUUCGACAUCGACUUCUUCCGUGCCUGAGAUCAAGACAAUGGACUAUACGUCGCAAGUUGACGGAUAUGGGGCGUCACCGACAGUGGUGAAGAGUGUUACUAAGAGUGUUAGUGGGAGUGUGCAGCUACCUGUGGAGACUUUCGAUCCUGUCCCGCAGGAGGAGGUACCUGAUGAUGGCGAGGGCGAGAGAAAGAAGGAGCCUGCUUGUGGGAAGGGUAUGAGUACGAAGACCUAUCCGCCUGUUGAUGAAAAUAUGUGAUUUGAUGUGGCAUAUUUGGUUUUCUUGGUUCGUUGCCAUGUUGGAUGAUUGUUUACGUUUGUUCUGGUUUUUGGUUUGAAGGUGGAUGCGAUAUUUGAAAAGUUGAUGGUAGCAAAUAGGUAACAGAGGCAUUCAUACAUUUUCACGUGGAUAUUCUAUUUAUGGACUCUAAAAAUCAUUGUCAUUUGAACAAAGAGGGUGGAAUGCCCGAAGCGAUAGGUAAACAAAC